AUGGUUGCCAUUCCAACAUACCUCUUGGCCUCCUCGGCCGUGUCCAGCCUGGGACCCUUGACCCCUCGCGAUUCUGUUAUUCGAUCACCGGACCCAUUACCACAGUCAUCCUCGUCAACUUUAUUGACCGGUCCUGAUUCCGGAGAUUUCGCUUCGAUCUUGGGGCCCCAUAUCUCAACCAACUUCCCCGAUCCUGCUGUCAUUUACGUUGACGGCGUGUCCUAUGCUUUCGCGACCAACAAUCGAGCCGCUCCACCGGACUUGGUUCACAUUCAAGUGGCCACUUCGACAGACAACCAGACGUGGACACUGCUCGAUCACCAUGACGCUCUUCCUAAUUUAGGGGCUUGGGAGACAGGCGCUGGUGUCUGGGCGCCUGAUGUGGUUCAACUGGACGAUGGAACAUUUGUUCUCUACUACGCCGAUAACGUCGUCUGGUCUCCUGCACAUCACUGUGUGGGUGCAGCGACCUCUCAGAAUGUUCUGGGACCCUAUGUCCCUCUUGACACUCCUUUCGCUUGCCCGGACGUCAAUGCGCUUGGUGGAGCCAUUGACCCUGAUGGCUUCCUCGACGAAUCUACCAAUAAACGCUAUGUCGUUUACAAAGUCGACGGAAACUCCAUUGGCCACGGCGGUUCCUGUGGCAACUCUGUUGAGCCCAUCGUCCCGACGCCCCUCAUGCUCCAGGAAGUCGGCCCUGAUGGCAUUACUCUGAUUGGAAACGCCGUUGAAAUUCUGGAUCGAGACGAAUUUGACGGACCUCUAAUUGAAGCCCCAUCGCUCCAUCGUUCCGACGAAGGAAUCUACUUCCUGUUCUUCAGCAGCAAUUGCUUUACGACCCCCAAAUACGACGUCUCCUUUGCCACUGCAACGAAUAUCUGGGGGCCUUACACAAAAUCAAGCCGCCCAUUGCUCGUCACCAGUGAUGCUGACCUGACCGGGCCGGGCGGUAUGGACAUUGUCAAGGGCGGCAAUCUGAUCCUCUUUCAUGGUCAUAUGACCAUCAACAACGACCCCACGAUCAAGAAGGAGGCUGAGACCAUUGCAGCUUCAACGAACACGACGAUCAGUAAUGUGAACGUGCCUUUAGUCAGAGGUAUGUGGUCUGGCACUGCGACCUUCCAAGGCACGAACGUCUUACUAUCAUGA